AUGAUCCCUCACUGGCUUCCCACCACAGGAAGUGGCACAGUCUUGCCGGAGGUUCAGGAGCCGGGAUGCAAAGGAGCAUGGGACAAUAUAACGUGCUGGGAAUGGACUAAGGUUGGAGAGACCGUCACCCUCCCCUGUCCUCGCGUCCUCAGGACUGUGUUCAGUAGAAACGGAAACAUCAGCAGGAACUGCACGUCAGCUGGGUGGUCGGACGUUUUCCCAAACAUAACCAGCGUGUGUGGUUCGGACGCCAGCCAAGAUAAGUCAAAAGUGGGUUGUAAAGCCAGCCUGGUGUUUUUCCAGUAUUUCAUCAUGGCCAACUUCUUCUGGCUGCUGGUGGAGGGUUUGUACCUCCACACGCUGCUCGUCGUCAUCUUCUCCGAGAACAGACACUUUGUCGUUUACAUGUUCAUCGGCUGGGGAAUCCCCACAGUGUUCGUCUUCGCUUGGGUGAUGACGAGGAUUUAUCUGGAGGACACGGGAUGCUGGGAGAGAAACGAGAACCCCAUCCCCAACUGGGUGAUCAACGGACCGAUCGGAUUGUCCAUCAUGGUGAACUUCAUCCUGUUCAUCAGCAUCAUUCGGAUCUUGGUGCAGAAGCUGAGGUGUCCUGACGUGGGCGGCAACGACCAGUCACAAUACAGGAGGUUGGCCAAAUCCACUCUGCUGCUGAUCCCUCUGUUUGGGAUUCACUACGUGGUCUUCGUCUCUCUCAGUGAAUCCAUCGCUGAAGCCUACAGAAUAUUUUUCGACCUGGCUCUCGGAUCCUUCCAGGGUUUGGUGGUUGCCAUCUUGUACUGUUUCCUAAACAGUGAGGUUCAGGGUGAGCUGAAGAGGAAGUGGCGGAGCAUGUGUCUGAACUGCCGUCUGAGCAGAGAUCACCACUUAAACAACACGUUCGCCUCCAGGAACGGCUCUGACCACAUGGUGCAGUUUCACCGCAGCUCCCGAACCCAGUCCAUCCUGCAGUCAGAGACCACCGUGCUGUGA